UUUUGAGUCAACUAGACUAUUACUAGUUGGUUAAUGCUCCCGAGAGAAAGAUUAUGUGUUUGCAAGAGUCGAACAUCAGACCUAUUCUGCACCGCAAUCAUCUUAUGAUCAGACGGUCAGUAUCGUCUCAUCUCGGUUUCCGAAAAAAACAAGUAGAGAGAUUUCCAAAUCCUCGCCCUCCUCCGUCUUCUUCUUCUCUGUAAAUCCACGCACUACAGAGAGAAAACCCCUUUCUUCAUCAUCUCAUUCUUGUUCUUCAUCUCCAUUAGAGAUAGUGAGUUAAGGUAUGCCAGGAGUGGCAAUAGAGAUGGAACAACCAGUUGAACCACAAUCACUAAAGAAACUCAGUUUCAAAUCCCUAAAAAGAGCGCUUGAUCUUUUCUCUCCUGCCCAUGGUCACUAUGCUCCUCCUGAUGCCGAAAGUAAGAAGAUACGGAUUAGUUACAAGAUGCAUGCCGAGUAUGGAGUGGUGGUGAAGAACUUGAAUCAGUCUGGUCAGAAAGUUAUUUCAGCGAUGCAAGAUAAUAAAACUUCUGAAGUACUGGCUCUUCCAGGUCCUGAAGGUUCUGCUGAUGUGCAAAGCGGGGCUCAAAACGCGUUAGUUGUGCCUCCUCCUAUACAACCCAGAGGACCAAACCAAACAGGCGUUCCAUCUAGAAGCACAUCAGGAGCACUCAUGUCUGCUCCAGGCUCAUCAGAAAGGAAUCAAUCAACUUCUGCCCUCAUGGAAAGGAUCCCUAGCAAAUGGCCCCGCCCAGAAUGGCAUGCUCCAUGGAGGAAUUAUAGAGUCAUAAGUGGCCAUUUGGGGUGGGUGAGAUCUAUUGCAUUUGACCCUAGCAAUUCGUGGUUUUGUACCGGCUCUGCAGAUCGUACAAUAAAGAUAUGGGACGUAGGAACUGGAAGGCUAAAGCUCACUUUAACAGGACAUAUCGAGCAAGUCAGGGGCCUUGCUGUGAGCACACAGCACACAUACAUGUUUUCUGCUGGUGAUGACAAACAAGUUAAAUGUUGGGACCUCGAACAGAACAAGGUCAUUCGGUCAUACCAUGGGCAUCUGAGUGGUGUUUACUGCUUAGCUCUUCAUCCCACCAUUGAUGUUUUACUUACUGGAGGACGUGACUCUGUCUGUCGGGUGUGGGAUAUUCGUACGAAGAUGCAGGCCUUUGCUCUCUCUGGACAUGACAAUACAGUUUGUUCAGUUUUUACUCGACCCACGGAUCCUCAAGUUGUCACUGGCUCUCACGACACAACCAUCAAGUUCUGGGACCUUCGAUAUGGGAAAACGAUGGUUACACUCACUCACCACAAGAAAUCUGUUAGAGCAAUGGCACUUCAUCCCACACAGCAUAGUUUUGCAUCUGCAUCUGCUGACAACAUAAAGAAGUUUGGCCUUCCUAAAGGAGAGUUUUACCAUAAUAUGCUUUCCCAACAGAAAACCAUCAUAAACGCAAUGGCUGUUAAUGAGGAUGGUGUAAUGGCUACCGGAGGUGACAAUGGGAGCAUGUGGUUCUGGGACUGGAAGAGUGGACAUAACUUUCAGCAAUCCCAAACGAUUGUGCAGCCUGGUUCAUUGGAUAGUGAAGCUGGAAUAUACGCCCUCUCUUACGACAUAACUGGGUCAAGACUAGUUUCAUGUGAAGCUGAUAAGACGAUUAAGAUGUGGAAACAAGACGAAAAUGCCACUCCGGAAACUCAUCCACUCAACUACAAACCACCUAAAGAUCUUCGACGUUUCUAAACAAGGUUUCGUCUCAGUACCCUGAUCUUUCUCAGUCGUAAAUGGAAGAACCUGUUAAAAUGGUAUGCAUGAUAAUGUAUGUUUGAUUCCUUCAAUGAUAUUCUUGAAUGAAGGAAACUGUGAUCGAAGUCAAAGAGUGUGGUCCCCUCUGAAUGAACUGGUGCUAGUUUUGGGACCUUUGAAUAGCAGCCAAAGCAUUCGCUAACGUUGAAUCUGUUUUGAGAUUUCCCUGUAAUCUGUCAAUAGUGAUGCUAUUAUGCAGUUUUGGUGUAACACUGGCGCUUUGUUAAGUAAAAUUAUUAAGACACUUGACCAUUAUGAACUGUUAAUGUAGCUCAACAUCAUUCAGACUAUUUUGGUAUUUUGACCCAUCUUUAUCUGUCAUAGAUGGAUUCGAGCUGCUAAUCAAUUUACUCUUUUACACCCA